UCUGAAGAUCCUCUCCUCAUCCUCAUUCAUCUCUGACCCUCAUCAGCAUCAUGACGCUGCAUGAAGCUGCGCUGAGUUAACCAGCCGCUAAAGGAGGCGCGAUGUUGGCGUGUCGCCCCCUGCUGGUCACCUGGGCUCUGCUCACCUCCUCAGUCCGAAGCCAGAGCUGGAGGCCGUGCACAGACCUGCAUCCUAUUGACCUCCUGUCCAAAGCCCUGCCACGCCCCGGACAAGCCACGCCCACUCAGGUGCAGAUGGUUCAGUCCAGAGGGUCCAGAGGUAUCAAGCUAACCGGCACCACACCGACAGCUCUGAGUUUUACCGCCUCACAGAUAUUCACCAACUGUGACCAUUUUCCUUCUGAGUUCUCGUUGGUUGCCACCAUGAAGAUACAAAGACUGAGGAAGAAGACGAAUCAGUACAUCUUCUCUGUGGUGAAGGAGGGAUCCGAGUCACUGCUGCUGGGGCUACGUGUCUCUGAGAACUGUCUUCACCUUCUGACCUCUCCCCCUGGUGGUGGGGGACGGAGAAGGAUCAGUUUUAAAAAUGUCCGACUGGACGACAACAGAUGGCACACCGUGGUUCUGGCUGUGACCGGUCCUUACGCCACAUUGACCGUUGACUGUGGACUACCUGUGGAAAUUAAACAGGUCCGGACCUUCCCAAGUACUCUGAGCACCAGAGGGUCCAGGUUCAUCAUYGGCAGCAGGGGCCACUUUAGGGGCCGCUUCUCUGGUCUACUUCGUCAGCUGGUUCUUCUUCCAGGCUCAGACGCGACACCCAGACUUUGUCCCAACUCUGAACCCAGUCUGGCGGAGCUCUCUGUCCCGCAGGUCCUCAAGUCCUCCCCGUUCCAACCGGACCAGCAGGGCUCAGCCUAUCCAUACGAGGCAGAGGCCAGAGUGACUGCAGGCGAUCGUCCUCCAUGUUCUGGCCCAGAGAAAGGUCAGCUGUGGUUCAACAUUCGGAWGAAAGGUCUGUUCAUCUGUGACGGGAUGAUGUGGAGGACGCUCAUGCAGGAUAAAGAGCGUCUGGACUAUGUGGAGGACUACMAGGACCUCUACACCCGCUCAGAAACCUUAGAUGUGGAGCUCUUCUCCAUCCCGUCUGAAGGCCUGUUCAUGGCAGCAGCCAACAGGGAUUCCCGACCCGGUUCUGGUAUUUACAAAUGGAUUAAUGGGUCGUUCCAGCUGUACCAGAACGUCAGCACACAGGAAGCUCAAGCCUGGAAAUAUUUCACCAUCGAUGACAAGGUUUUCCUGGUGGUGGCGGACAUGCAGAAGGCAGAACCUGAGYUGUCGACCAUCUACCGGUGGAAUCGUCGGCAGAAACGUUUCCUUCGCUUUCAGACUCUGGAGACCCACUCUGCUCGGGACUGGGAGGCCUUUCACAUMCACAACAACAGCUUCCUGGUGGUGGCCAAUCACAUGCGAGCCAAAGACUCCAACCAUAACAUCCACAGUGUGAUCUACAGGUGGAACCCUGACACAAAGCUGUUUGAGGUGAACCAAACUCUGUCCACGUCCGGAGCCUAUGACUGGGAGUUCUUCACCAUCGGCCCGUAUCAUUUCCUGGUGGUAGCAAACACCUUCAACGGUCAGAACACCACCAUCAGCUCCACCAUCUAYGUCUGGUUGGACGGGCGUUUCCAGAGCUUCCAGAACAUCACGACGGUUGGAGCAACGGAUUGGGAGAUGUUCCAGAUCGACGGCCGGUUCUUCCUYGCCGUCGCCAACAGUCAGCAGUUCUCCAGGAAAUCCCAGAGUCUCUACAACAUCAACUCCACCGUGUACGAGCUGAACAUGUUCACCCAGACCUUCCUCCGCUUCCAGGACAUCCCGACUCACAGCGCUCUUGACUGGGAGUUCUUCACAAUCGGAGACGAGAAGUUCCUGGUUGUGGCGAACUCUUACGAUGGCAGUUCGUACUCCGUGAACAGCGUCGUCUACAGGUGGCAGGGCUACGAGGGCUUCGUCCCGGUCCACAGUCUGCCCACGUUCGGCUGCAGAGACUGGGAACACUUCACCACUGAGCAGGGCUCCUUCCUCAUCUACUCCAGCGCCACCUCAAGGCUCAGCAAGGUGUUCAGACUGAAAACGUACUGAGAGGUUCUGACUGGAUCAGACUGAUGUCCUCACGUCUCUGAGGGCGGAGCUUCAGGAGGAGUCUCCUCUCUGCCAGCUUCAACCUCAAACUCUGAAGAAAGAAUACUUUAUUUAUAAAAGAAGCACUUUUUAAACUAACUAAAUUAUGAUAAGCUCUGCAGACAGAACUGA